CUCGACUGUCACCCCCAACGCCCACCAAUUUCUCUCGCCUAUUUUACACAGCGCUACUUUCUAACUUUACCAUGGUUGCCGCUGGCUCCAUUACCGUCGCUGUUCGUGUACGGCCGCCAACACCUUGGGAAGCGGCUCGCCUUCCGGAACCCUGUUACAAUUCCACAUUUAGGGGAGAUGGCGCUCUCUCUACUCCCGGUCGCUCGGUCGUAAAUCAAGCACCUCUCAGAGAGGUCGUUCAGAUCAUAGAUGACCGGAUACUCACAUUCGACCCAGACGAGAAAGACAAGGCGCGAGCCUUUGUGGAACGCGGCUUUAUCCCGCCAGGAACGAAAAGAUAUAAGGAUAGGCGGUUUAUGUUCGAUAGAGUAUUUAAUGCAGAGGCGGUACAACAAGACGUGUACGCGCACACGGCGCAACCGCUUUUACAGGGCGUUUUGGACGGGUACAAUGCAACAGUGUUUGCGUACGGGGCUACAGGAUGCGGGAAGACACACACGAUCAGUGGAACUGAUUAUGAUCCCGGUAUCAUCUAUCUAGCGAUGGCUGAUCUCUUUCAGCGAAUUGAAGAUAGGAAGGACGAAUGGAUCAUAGAAGUUGUGGUGACAUUUCUGGAAAUCUACAACGAAGAAAUCCGCGAUCUGCUGGCAGAGUCCGGAACACAUGUCCCGCGAGGCGGUUUGUCUAUCCGAGAAGACAAGACCGUGAAAGUCGUGGGUCUAGUCGAACUAUCUCCCAAGUCAGCGGAAGAAGUCAAGGAAAUAGUGCUGUUGGGAAACACUCGAAGAACCCAAAGCCCGACUCACGCGAAUGAAACCAGCUCUCGGUCUCAUGCCGUCCUACAAAUCCACAUCACUCAAUCAUCUCGAACAGCAUCUUUGACCGAAGAAAAAACAAUGGCUACACUCUCUAUCAUUGACCUCGCUGGUAGCGAGCGAGCUGCUGCCACCACCAACAUGGGGCAACGCAUGGUAGAGGGCGCAAACAUCAACAAGUCCUUGCUCGCGUUGGGCAACUGCAUCAACGCGUUAUGCGAAAGUGGAGGAGCUAUUCGACAUGUUCCGUAUCGAAACAGCAAGCUUACUCGGCUCCUCAAAUUCUCCCUGGGAGGCAAUUGCAAAACCGUCAUGAUCGUCUGCGUUGCUCCCACAUCCCAACAUUUCGAUGAUACCCACAACACCCUCAUUUACGCCGAACGUGCUACGAAGAUCAAAACAAAAGUUGUCACUCGCAAUGUCGUCAAUGUGGACAGACAUGUAGGUAGAUACGUAGAGGCUAUCAACCGGCUCAACACCGAGGUAGCUGAACUCAAAGCCAAAUUGGCGGGAAAGAGGGACGGGGAGAAUGAGAUUGCACGGAGGAAGAAGGCGGAGGCGAGUGCAGAGGUGGAACGAGCGAAGAAUGACAUGAAGAUUAAGGUUGAGCAGACGAGGACUUCAAUUGUCGAAGGCGCCUCGUGUCUGGGGAAGAUAUCGGUGGCGAAGGCAAAGCUAGCCGCGAUACGCCAACGGAUCGCAAAGGUAGAUGCUAUGGACUCGUUAUCGCCCGAUCUGCAGGCCGAGCGCGCAUUGCUUCAAUCAUUGGCUAGUCCAGAGGAGCAGGCUCUAAAACCCGAUUCGAUUGUCAACGUUAGAUUGCAACGUUCAUCUAAUGCGAACGCCAUGUUUGAUGCUACCAUGCGAGCUGUUUCGGAGAGGAAGUUGGAGAAGUCGGAUGAAGCUGGCGUGGAGAAUGUGAAGCUAGACGCUAGAUGUCGUCGGGCUGAGAUGGAACAGGCUAAAGCUCAAGAGGAGAGAGACGUGCUUAGGGGUGCUGUUGAAGAUAUAUCACAGGUCAUGGUUGGUCUCGUUGGAAUGCUUGGCCGGUGCACGGUAAUGGUUGGCGAAGCUUCCUCCAUGCUUCAAAGGACAUCGGAGAAUGAUUCUCUCUCCACCGCCAAGAACGUUUCCGAGCUGUUGGCCAACCUGAAGGCCAGCAAUGACGUUGCUUUCAAUCAGCUUAUCGGUUACUCAACUGAAGGCUACAAAGUGGACGGACAAGCGUUCAGUGCUUUCAAGGGCUAUGAGAUGUCGUUUACCCGCAGAGUCAGCCCGGGGCCACCUAACUUGCAAACUACCACCUCCAGCUCCAGAAGGACUUCGACCAGCACCUCACUCUCCGUCUCGACGUCAGCAUCUCCCAGACGCCGGUCUCCACGAAAAUCUCUACGUUCAAGUCUUGCAGCACAGCCGUAUAGAAGGGCGUCAGACAAGGAGAAAAAGGGCUUGAAGCCAUCGAAGAAUGUUCAGUGGAAAGACGAAGCUGGCCAGGGCGAUUUAGUCGAUGAGGGAUCCAGACUAAACACUAUAUCAUUGACCAUCACUCCUGCAAGUCCGGCCAACCCUGCCGAAAACACAUCAGGUUCAUCCGGAGUUCGUACUCCUUUACAACGUUCCAUGUCUCUAGGAGGUUCUGAAAGUGAGUGGGAAGACGAGAAGACCGACGAUAGCUUCAGCCAUAACCUUUCAUCAUCUUUGCCCAUCCGCGAUCAUUCCGUGAGCGACACAUCGUUGCCACGUUCUUAUGGUCCGCUGGGUAAGAGGGGACGGCCCAGUCGUCUCGACCCCGGUUUCUUGAAAUCUAAAGCUCGAGCACCCGUUCUCGGUAGUUUGGCGGAAGGUGAUGAGAGCUCCCCCGAACGGUACGAAAGGCGAAUAUCUCAACCUUUAGGAGAUCGCAGUAUCAAUCAGCUAGAUGACGACUCCAGCAGCAGGCUUUCUAGUAAAACCAAACACGCUGGAGUAUCUAGUCCAGGGAAACGAGGGCCGUUAACCCCCAGGGGCGCUUCUAAGAGCAGAAGACGCUCGAAUCUCGGUCCUGUCCGCGGUGAAAAAGGACGGAGACGGUCGAGUAUGAUUCCUCAGCUUUCACCGCCAAAUGGCGAGUCUCAUCGACCGAGGCGCGUACUCAUCGGGACGCCCGGGAAGCGAAGCAAGAGGCUCUCCCUAUCCCGAACUACGACAGCACCAUCCAUUCCUGCGUUCAAGCGUCCACCUUCAGCAACAUCCAACUUUUCGCUUGCUGAUAUAAGUAUCAGCGCUUCACGACCGUCCUGGCGUUAAGGACUAACGGUUAUAUCCAUGUUUAUGCCCUUUUUUCUAUGCACUCCCUUAUAUACCCACUGUACAGCACAUCGUUUUAUUUUCAGUUCAUUCAUCCGGUCUUAUCUUCGUCCUUGGAUAUUGUAUAUUCGUCUUCACCUGCCUUCAUAAAUUAACGUAUGUGUACCGAUGUAUUUAGACCUAACCUGGCCUCUUGACCAUUCAUCUGCAAUUUUGGACACGCUUCUGG